AUGCCGAAGAAGACCAAGGUGAACAAGCUGGCGCGAAUGUCGGACGAGGAACGCGCUAGAUACCUCCAGCACAGAGCGGAUGUUGAGGAGGAAGCCAGGCGGAAGAAACGGGAGCUGGUCGCGCGGUUUAUCAAGGGUAUGAUCGUGACCUUCAACUUCUUAGUGGAGAGGAAGGACCGGCUGAUAGCAUCUCUUACUGGAGCCCUGAACGACUCCGACGAGCAACACCGCCGCGCCUUCCAAGCUCAUACGGAAAACCUUAACUACUUCCUGAGGAUUGGGUCACAAAGACUCGAUAAGCUGCAGCACAUUUAUGAUCACCGAAAGGACGUCCUGUUAGAGAACUGGGAAGGGGAGGAACUGGACAUAACGAACAACCAGGACAGGGCAGAGUUGAAACUGACUCUAAUCACAUAUAUACAGGAGCGGGAUUUCAAAACGUACAAGAAUAAUAAGGAAAUAGAGAUGCUGACGAAAAAAAAUAACGAGAGGCUCGAAGUU